AUGAGAUUCUCACACUUCCUUAAAUACAAUGCUGUUCCUGAAUGGCAGAAUCAUUACCUUGAUUACAACGAAUUAAAAAACCUGAUCUACACUUUGCAGACAGGUGAAUUGAAACAAGAAGCACCCAACAAUGAAUCAAACAAUGACAACGAAUUACAGACGCCUCCUCCAAAUGUCGAUAUAGAAAGUAACGUUACUACAGGAGAACCUUCUUCCUCCAAAAAAAGAUUUACGCACAAACUUAAGCGUAAGCUAUUUGGUUCUAAAACAUCAUCUGGUAAAAAAAAGGGGGAAACAGACGAAAAAGCCAUAGACGGGAAUAAUGUCAACGAAGAAACAAUUGAGCUUGACGAACUAUCUCCUCAAGGAAAAGCUGCCACUUUCAAUAAGAAUUUUAUAAGCAAAAAAUUCUUUGAGUCACGCAGUUCAUCGGUUAGUAGUGAAGGAAAAACUCUGUUCAAUUCUUAUGAUACUUUCGUUACUAAUUUGAGUGGCGAAAAAUUGAAAGUAGAUGAUUUUUAUAAAAGAAUGGAAGCUAAAUUCUACGAGAGAUUUGACCAUUUGAUUAACGAUUUGGAAAAGGAGGGCAUUGUAACAAGGGUGAAUGAAACUUUUGAUCCGGAAAUACAGGACCUGCCUCCUCUAAGAGAAAUCGUUUCCAGCACAUCGCAGAUGCAGUCUUCUACUAACCCAUUUGAAAUACACUCUUCAAAUAUUGACAGCGAACUAAGAAAUAGGUUUGAUUAUAGCGAAGAGGAAAUGGACGAUGAUGAUGAAGUAGACGUGUUUGCAGACACUACUGACAAUACUGCCCUUUUAAAUUAUUCACAGUUUAACAUCAAAUCACAGAAAAAAUCUUUAUUGAAACAAACAAUAAUAAAUCUUUACAUAGAUCUUUGCCAGUUAAAGUCUUUCAUCGAAUUAAACAGAAUGGGCUUCAGCAAAAUUACGAAGAAGUCUGAUAAAGUAUUACAUAUGAACACCAGGCAAGAACUAAUAGAAAGUGAAGAAUUUUUCAAAGACACAUACAUUUUCCAGCAUGAUACCUUGUCCACUUUAAACAAUAAAAUUGCACAACUUAUAGAAUUUUACGCUGUUUUAAUGGGACAGCCUGGGAACGUAGAUUCAUGCAAGCAAGAAUUAAAAUCCUACUUGCAUGAUCACAUUGUCUGGGAAAGAAGCAACACAUGGAAGGACAUGUUGGGUCUUUCUUCACAAAAUAAAGACAUAAUAACUAUUGAAGAUGAAACCGAAAAACUUAUGCAAGAAAAACUUCAAAUUGAAUAUUUCAAGUAUCCAUUGCCCAAGCCAAUUAAUUUAAAAUUCACUACAAUUGAAAAUUUAGCGGUGCCAAAACUUUUCUUCGGGAAAAGAGCCAUGAAAAUAGGCUUUAUUAUCAUUGUUACAGGUGUUUUAUUGGGUGUUAAAACUUUCAAUGACCCCGUGGAGCAUCGAUGUAUGGCAUUGGUUGAAUGUUGUGCCUUUUUAUGGGCCAGUGAAGCUAUCCCUUUACACAUCACAGGUUUAUUGGUUCCCCUUCUGACUGUUCUUUUUAGAGUCUUGAAAGAUAGUGAUGGUAAAGUAAUGGGAGCAGCUGCCGCUUCUUCGGAAAUCUUGGGUACAAUGUGGUCAUCAACAAUUAUGAUUUUAUUAGCAGGUUUUACAUUGGGUGAAGCCUUGUCGCAAUAUAACAUCGCAAAAGUUUUGGCAUCCUGGUUAUUAGCAUUUGCUGGGACCAAACCAAGAAAUGUACUUUUAAUGGCAAUGAGUGUUGUGUUCUUUCUUUCGAUGUGGAUUUCCAAUGUUGCUUCUCCGGUAUUAACAUACUCUCUACUAACCCCAUUAUUGGACCCAUUGGAUUAUACUGCACCAUUUGCUAAGGCAUUAGUAAUGGGGGUGGCACUUUCUGCUGAUAUUGGUGGUAUGGCCUCUCCUAUUUCUUCACCUCAAAAUAUUAUCUCAAUGCAGUACCUCAAACCUUAUGGCAUCGGGUGGGGCCAGUUUUUUGCUGUUGCCUUACCUACUGGUAUUUUAUCAAUGCUGUGCUCUUGGGCCUUAAUGAUACUCACAUUUAAAAUAGGCAAGACGAAGCUGGAGAAAUUUAAACCAAUAAGAACGAGAUUUACCAUAAAGCAAUAUUUCAUUAUUAUUGUAACUAUUGCUACAAUUCUUUUAUGGUGUGUAGAAUCCCAAAUAGAAAGCGCUUUUGGGUCCUCUGGUGAAAUUGCAGUCAUACCAAUAGUCCUAUUCUUUGGUACGGGACUGUUAUCUACAAAAGACUUCAACACAUUUCCUUGGUCUAUUGUCGUUUUAGCAAUGGGUGGUAUCGCCCUUGGUAAAGCAGUUUCAUCUUCAGGUUUAUUAGUAACUAUUGCAAGAGCACUACAACAGAAAAUUCAGAAUGAUGGUGUUUUUGCCAUCUUAUGUAUUUUUGGUAUCUUGAUGUUGGUUGUGGGUACUUUUGUUUCACAUACAGUGUCAGCAAUCAUCAUCAUUCCUUUAGUACAAGAAGUCGGUGACAAAUUACCUAACUCAAAGGCAGCUCCAAUUCUUGUCUUUGGUUGCGCUUUGUUGGCAUCUUGCGGUAUGGGGCUGGCAUCGUCUGGUUUCCCUAACGUUACUGCUAUUUCCAUGACCGACAAAAAGGGGAAUAGAUGGCUAACUGUGGGUGCUUUCAUAUCAAGAGGUGUUCCUGCCUCAUUUUUAGCGUUUAUUUGUGUGAUUACUUUGGGUUAUGGUAUUAGUUCUUCCGUUUUGAAAGGUAAUACAUAA